AUGACAAGUCCUCCAGGUAUUGUGCCCUCUGCUACCGAGUACCAGCAUCUUGAGAGCACUUAUGGUCUUUCUUCCUUGGAUGGCGUGGAGUUUCCGUCGUCGGGUUCUUCAAUCAUGUCUCCUCCUCCCAGAAAACUUGGGAUUUACCAGAAAGUUAUUCGUCUCCCACUAACUGACUUUCAAGAGGAAGUUCUUCAAAAGGAUGGCUAUAGCGUUCAGAUGUUGACUCCAAAUAUUGUGAACAAUGUUGUAGCUUUCGAAAUGAUCUGUCGGACUAAUGGCUACCUUCCUGAUUAUUUUGUGUUCAAGUACUUUUUUAGGUUUUGUUGCAUUGGUGAUAAAUACACGUUUUUUGUCCGGCAAAGGGGACACACCCUUGUCCCUGAUGGUCGAACGCCCAAGCUCUUACCCCAGGGUUACGGUGGUGUGGUAGCUAAUGUUGGUUUAGACACUAAGAGUAGUGAAGAUGACCAUGUUGUUAUUGGUGAGCAUGUUUGUGUUGACAAGGUUGUUGCUGAGAGUGGUGGUGAUGUGGAAGAGUUUCUUGAGGGUUGCGGUAGCGAGAGAGCUAGUGCUGAUAAUGAUUCUGUUGGUGAUGGUAAGGGUGGCGGUGGUGGGCGCGACCCUUUCACCGGGGCGCCCUGCUCUUAG